AUGUCCACUUACUUUCCACCUGCCGGAUCUGAUUACACAUACACAUCAAGGUUAACUUACGCUUCUGGUACGUAUGAAAUCAACAAUAGCGAUUUUUUAGGGAUUAGCUCCUCAACCAAUGGGGGAGCUAUAUCUCGUUCUUCAUCGGCAAGAAUUUCAAUAUUUAUGUGUUAUUUUGCUGGAUGCACAUCAUCUAGAAAUGGUGGUGCAAUUUAUUCAUCUCUUGGAUCAAAUGGCCAAAUCUCUGUUUCAAAAACAAUCGGAACAUCAUGCGAAACAACAUCUUCGACGAAUUACUACGGCCAAUUUAUCUAUUCCACUUUUUCAUCUUCAUCUUCAAUUCAGUCAUUCUCACAGUGCAGUAUCUCUAAAUGCUCCCAAUCGGCAAGUUCGUCAAAUAGAGCGCCAAUGUACUUGAAUCAAGGCACAUUGACUUUAAAUUCGAUUAACCUUUCCGAAAAUGCUGUUGCAUAUACCCAUUCAUUUUACUUAUCGGGUACUGCAAGCUCUAUUUCUUACGUUUUUGUAGCAGAUGGAUCAAUAAGCUCUGCUACAGAAAUGGAAUUUAAUAAUUUCGACGGUACAUUUUACGAUACGAUGUUCAUUAAUAUAACUUCUGGUGGAAAUAAGAAAAUAUCCCAGAAAUUCUUCCAAACAACAUCAUCGACAGUCACUUUCAACAGAAUUUCUUUUAUCAACUGCAACCUUAAUUCAGAAGUACUAGUUUCAAGCCAGAGAUUCGACAGCAGUCAAAUAACUUUCAUAGAUUACUAUGCUCCUGGCAUUAGAACUAAUUCAAUUUCAGUAUCAAAUUCUGUUUCACAAACUGAGUACAUUACUGAUUACUACGAUGAAGAAGAUCUCGGUAACGAUAGAAAAAUUCCUGUUCCAGAUGAAACUCCUCAUUAUUCUCCGAUUCAAACUCAAUUUGCAACUUUCCAGGAGACUCCAAAUGAAACACCAUAUAUAACACCACUAAACACACCAUGUGCAACAUUCCAAGAGACUCAGUUAAUGACUCUACGAGAAACUCCUUUUAAUACUCCAUUCAACACUUUUCAAGAAACAAAUGAACCAAUAAUAUCAUCGCAAACACAAAUUGAAACAACUCAGGAGACACAAACAGCUUUAGUUUCAACAGCAACUCAAAUUUCUUCAAAAUCAGUAGUUACUAGCUCAAUUAUCUCUAAUUCUCCAACAAAUACACAAAAUAUUAAUGCGUAUAACUCUAGUGUAACUCAGAAUGAUCAAUCGAAUGGUUCUGUCAAUUCAAUUUCGAAAGGUACUCUGAUUGGAAUAUUCUCUAGUUGCGCAGGUGCAUUAAUUAUAAUAGCUAUACUUGUUGCCUUUAUUAUUUUACGUAAAAAGAAGAAUUCCUACACUGAAUAUAACAAUUCUGAUUUUGAUUCGAUAGAUAAUGAUGACGAAAGCUUGAAUUCGGUUGAUAUUCCUAUUGCACCUGCUUACAACUAUGAUAUUGCUACCACAACAGAAACAUUCCAAACCAAAACAACAGAUAUUGAUUGGAAUACAAGAAAUUCUGAUGCAGACGAUGAUAAUGAUCUAUUUAAGCCAGACUUCAUGCUUAAUGAAAUGACCAAAGACCCAUCUGAUGAUGACUUCUAA